AUGACCACUCCAGAUGUCUUUCGAGAUGCGGAAUACAUCGCUGACGUGUCCGGCAUAUCGUACGACAGCGUUGCCGACGUCUCUGGACGACAGUCGAGUGAUAGUGGCAAUCCCGAUGGGCGCAUAAAAAAGGUGCAGUCGGCUGCGAAGGUUGCUCUCAUUGAUCGGCUCCUCCGCGACUUUGACGUCCUGAUAUACUGUCAGCUGUCUGCCCUCUACUACAUGGAUUGCUCUAUCGUCCUUUUCGCGACCCGUGCCAUUGUACAGCUGAUAUUCUUUACCCCCAAAGCACCGCCUUUCGACCCCACGCGGAAUCAACCGUUCGUCGGUGCCAUUUUCGCCAGUAACCUGAUUUGUAUGACAUUCCAUUAUUUCUUCGUCCACCCGGAGGCCGGUGAAUCUACGCGAGGCUACCUCCAUGGAGGACUGUUGAUCGACUUCAUUGGACAGAAGGCUCCCGUGCCGAUGACACGGCUUCUGUCGAUGGACUUACUUGUGAUGAUACUGGAUAUCGUCAUGUUAGGCCUGAUCGUUGAACGUGUCAAAACUACCGAAGCGACCGCCUCUGUGUCCUCUGCGCCCUCUGCGCCCUCUGCGCCGACCACCGCUCCAACACGCAGGGACCAUGACCAUGAUUCGGAAGAACGCGGUAUUCCCCGCUACGACACCACAUCCGGCGAGGAUGGGAUCGAGCUGGAUACCCUCGGCUCCCGUGAAUCUGACUCACCUGCCAGUCCGAGCGAGCAAUUGGAGCGGACCCAGUUACUGGCAGAUCCUGCAGAAGGUGGGCUUGUGUCUGGCAUCAAGAAUACCCACGCCUUGGAUUCGUUCUCCUCCGGUGAAGCGGUGAUCAUGAAUCGUAGCCUCCUGGAUAUCAUUCGAGAGCAAUGGCGGUACAGUCAGACCGUGGCAAGACGCACACCGGCUUACGUCCCGUCCGACCAGACGGCGGCCUUUCUUCGCGAACGAUUCGGGCUCCAGGUGCGACCGGACGGGCGGGUGGAGAGAAUCGGCCCCGGAUCCUGA